AUGAGUAAUACAAGAGUAGCCGCCGGCCAGGAAAAAGACAAAAAGCAUCCUCCUGCCGUUGUACUGACGUAUGCCAGUUUAGAAAGGAGACUGGAUACCAUUGUAUUCAGAGCGUGUCUAGCAACAAGUAUUUGGCAGGCCAGACAGAUGGUUUUACGUGGGAAGGUGUCUGUGAAUGGGGUGAAGACGCCAAGGCCCGCACACCACGCAUCUCCGGGCGAUAUAAUCUCUGUCGUUCCUAAUGCAAUCCCGCUUCUUAGUGAACCGGCUACCGAAUCUGGACUCACUUUUAAGUCAACUUUAAUACGUGCUCAAUUGUGUACUUACGGUAUCCAAUCUCGCGGCCAGGAAAAAGUAAAAAUUCCAUCUCCAUUUCCACCAGACUUGCACGCAUUGGCAUAUGAAUU